UAUACGUCAGUCGGCCUCCAUCGCGCGCGCGCGUCAUCGUCGGGUCGUGCAAAACGGCGCACAAAGCUCAUAUAAUUUCGCAGACUCUAACGCGAAAGAUCCGUGUCGGCCUCGGGUUUCAUCCGCCCAGUCAUCGUCAGCAUUAUCACGACCGUCAUCGAACAGAUCGUCGACGGAACGCGACUUCAUCCCCCCGAGAAACGACGAAGUGCGCAGCGACAAAGAGAUCGAACUGCGUGCGUGCGUACUGGAGCAGGUACACAGCCUAUUAAAAGGCAGCUAGAGGGAGAAAGAGAGAACGAGAGAGAGAGAGAGAGGAGGCAGCAUUGCCGAGUGACAUAUAGAUUGACAAGGGUGGCCCAUUAGGGUGACGGGGUGUGUUGCUCCUCGGCCAACAGCUGUAGUCGCUGGCUCCGUUUUUUCUCCGUUUCGCGAUUCGAUCCUAAGCACGUUCCGUCUCGCUUCUACGCUCCAUUCUAUCCCCUUCCCCCCCGCCUUAGACGGCGGCGGCGGCGGUGGCAGCAGCAGCAGAAGCAGCAGCUGAGGAAGACCAGAAGACCCUCGGCGGGGCGCACGUCGUCGUCGCGUUGCGUCGCGUCGCGUCGCGUCGCACUCGCCCUAGAGGCUGUCACGCGCGCUAUUAAUAUACCCCUCUGUGGCGCACGGCAGUCGUUCACGAACGUCUUUCGAGUGUGGACGGUAGCGGGGAAGUGUCUGUGCCAUGCACGGCGAGUAGGAGCCGCAUAGGACGAAGCGAAUUAGCGGAGGAGUGACGUCUGCACCCGGGAAACGUGUCGCCCGCGCCACCAAGGAGAUUAAGUGAAAAAGAGAGAGAAAGAGAGAGAGAGAGACGUGAGAAGAGGCACGCUGGACGUCGUGGAGCGCCGUCGACGCCGCCGACGACUGAUACUACUACGACGACGACGUCGAUCGACGUGCACGCGAUCCGACGAUGCAGUCCGAUCCGGAGACGAUGGAGCGACUCGGGGCGUGGGACCGGCGAGUCCAGGCUGGUCGCCGGUUCCUGGACCGAGCCAUAGAGUGGCUUUUCUGGGACGUAUGGUACUGGAUGUAUCGGCGAGCGAUGGGGAUCGAGGGGAACCCACCGUCCCAGGAGAAGACGUCCGCGUCGUCGAGCGACUCCGAUAUGUACAGCACCGGAUUCAUGAGGUGCCGGAACGAGAUGUGCCGGUAUUUCACCGCUUUCGAGAAGACGAUGCUCUGGACGGGCAAGACCUUCUUCGUCAACCUCUGCCUGUUCAUCGUGCUCGUCAUGACAUUCUGGAUCUAUACCUUGAUGGGAAUGGCGUCACCAAUACUUCCAUAUAAACUUGCCGGCGUGUAUUGUGCUAGCCAAUUGAUAUUCACUCUCAAAUUCGUAGACUCCUUGGUUCCUGCAGUGGAUCGAAGGGACUGCUGUGGACUUCACUGGACAUGGAUGGCCUUGCAGAAGUUGCGGACCGAAAAACCAGGAUUGCAUUGCCUCGCCCUUUGUCUCAUGGCCUUACUCAUAUGGUUCCUCGAGCACAUCCAUAUGUCAACCAUGUACUUCAUGUACUGCAGCAUAUUAUUGGUAUCUCUGAUACUGCGAUUUCCCAUAAAACAGUUUGACAAAGCACGAGAUUACUUCAUGUUACACAAAGACUGGAAAUAUGACAGUGAUAUCGAGGAUGAUGAGUUUUUACCUGUGGUAACAGAAGCGAAUCUGCUGGUAUUAACUCGAGUGGGAGAGACGGGCGAUCAUUCGCCAACACCGACGAGUGUGCAAUCGGACACUCCGAAUGAUUCUUUCUACGACGAGAAUUUCUUAGAGAUUCUCCAGAAGAUAGAAUUCCAUUUGCCCCUCCAUGAAGAAGGUAGCACCGACGGUGUCGAACUAUCGGAACCGGAGCUCAGCGUCGGCGAGAACGACGCCGAAGAGGACGGUAUAAAGUUUCAGACCGGUCACUUCAAGAAGAGUUCCUCGUCCUCUUCCGAGGAGGAAGUCUUCGACGCGAAGAAAAUCGCGGCCAGCAGUGACGAGAGCAACGGCGAUAGUGACUUCGAGGUAAUCGACAAGGAGGAAAUAGCAAAGAUAAAAAUAUGAUGCAAUUUGAGGCGAAAAAAAAAGAAACGAAGGAAUUAUUGCGCGCGACAUUAAGUUAUGAUGUUAAGCUAAAAGAAAACCAUCUCUGAUCUCUGUAAUCGGCCGCGAACGAGAUAAAAAAUUUAAUCCAGCAACGAUAUAGCGAUUUCGCUUAAAGCACAAUCGUCUCGGCCGAAUGUGAUGGUAAAUUGAGAUAAAAGAAAAUAAUAUAUCGUUUAAGUUACAUAAUUAUCUCCCGAUCGCAACGUUGUACUCGCGCGCG